AUGCCGAGCAGAAAAUGCAAUCUGCUGCUUCUCUCGCCGGCCUCCCCGUGGGACGCAGACAAGGAGAACUUAGCACUCCGGGUCCGGGCAGCUCCCUCGCUGCGGGGCUGGAAGAAUGAGCAAACUGUAAACUUUGAGCGCUGGGUACAAGGCGAGCCUGGAAAUCGGACACGAGGUCGGGGUGCCUUUGAGUUCAGAAAGGUGGAACAGGCUGGGAGUAGGGACUCAGAAUGGCUAGCAGGAUUUGAUGAAGGAACUGUCUACCUUGACCAUGCAGGAGCCACGCUAUUCCCCGAGAGCCAGCUCAGGAGCUUCACUCGUGAUCUCCUGGAGAAUGUUUAUGGUAACCCUCACAGCCAGAGCAUCAGCAGCAAGCUCACCCAGGACACCGUGGAGCAGGUGCGCUACAGGGUCCUGGCGCACUUCCACGCCUCCCCAGAGGACUACAGCGUGAUUUUCACCGCCGGGAGCACGGCUGCCCUUAAACUGGUGGCGGAAGCCUUCCCGUGGGUGUCCCGGGGCCCCGGGAGCAGCGGGAGCCUGUUCUGUUACCUCACCGACAGCCACACCUCCGUGGUGGGCAUGCGGAUGGUCGCCACAGCCAGGGGUGUCACUUCCAUCCCGGUCAGGCCGGAGGACAUGUGGUCGGCGGAGAAACGGGGUGCUGCCGCCAGCGACCCCGACUGCCAGCUUCCGCAUCUCUUCUGUUAUCCGGCUCAGAGUAACUUCUCUGGCACCCGGUACCCUCUGUCCUGGAUAGGAGAGGUCAGGGCGGGGCGCAUGUGCCCGGUGAGCGCGCCCGCACCCGGGCGGUGGUUCGUGCUGCUGGACGCAGCCUCCUACGCCAGCACCUCCCCUUUGGACCUGUCGGCGCACCCGGCGGAUUUCGUCUCCCUCUCCUUCUACAAGAUCUUCGGCUUCCCCACCGGCCUGGGGGCGCUGCUGGUGCACAAUCGGGUGGCUCCCCUGCUGAAGAAAACCUACUUUGGAGGAGGCACAGCCGCUGCAUACCUGGCGGGAGAAGACUUCUACAUCCCCAGGCCAUCGGUGGCAGAAAGGUUUGAGGAUGGCACCAUCCCGUUCCUUGACGUGAUAGCGCUCAAACACGGAUUUGAUGCCCUAGAGCGCCUCACAGGUGGCAUGGAGAAUGUGCAGCAGCACACCUUCACCCUGGCUCGGUACACCUAUGCCGCCCUGUGCUCCCUCCGGUACCCCAACGGGGCCCCGGUGGUGCGCAUCUACAGCGACUCUGAGUUCCGCAGCCCCGAGGCGCAGGGCCCAGUCAUCAAUUUUAACGUGCUCGACGCCAGCGGGAACGUCGUGGGUUACUCCCAGGUGGAGAAGAUGGCCAGUCUUUUCAACAUCCAGGUGCGCACUGGCUGCUUCUGCAACACGGGGGCCUGCCAGCGGCACCUGGGGAUCAGCGACGAGAUGGUCAAGAAACACCUUCAGGCUGGUCAUGUUUGUGGAGAUGACGUGGACCUCGUAGAUGGGCAGCCGACAGGGUCUGUGAGGAUCUCAUUUGGAUACAUGUCUACUCUUGAGGAUGCCCAAGCCUUUCUCAAGUUCAUCAUAGACACCCGACUGCGCCCGCAACGUAGCCAGCCUGUUCCUCAGGCCGCCCCUGGGGAGGCUGGCACCGCACCAGCAGAGAGCGAGGCUCAGAGCACCGUGCCCGUCACUCUGUCCACCACCGUGCACACCACUGUGCCCACCACCAUUCCCGCCACCAUGCCCGCCACCGUGCAUACCACUGUGCCCGCCACUGUGCACACCACUCUGUCCACCACCGUGCACACCACUGUGCCCACCACCAUUCCCGCCACCAUGCCCGCCACCGUGCAUACCACUGUGCCCGCCACUCUGUCCACCACCGUGCCCACCACCGUGCUUGCCACCGUGCCCGCCACUGUGCCCGUCACUCUGUCCACCACCGUGCCUGCCACCAUGCCCACCACCGUGCCCACCACUCUGCCCGCCACUGGGCACAGACCUAGUCCCUCUCCUCGGGAAGACACCCCCACAGCCUCCAGGGCCGGGAAUGACUGGACCUCGGCUGUGGGUGCUGUGUGUUUGCAACCGCCUCUGCAGGAGGCCACUGGGACCCUGCAGGCCCCUCCAGAGAAAGCGGCAGCAGCCCCGUGUGGGGGCCUUGGGCCACAUGUCAUCACCAACCUUUUCCUCUACCCCAUCAAAUCCUGUGCUGCGUUUGAGGUGACGCGGUGGCCUGUGGGACACCAAGGGCUGCUGUACGACCGGAGCUGGAUGGUUGUGAACCACAACGGCAUUUGCCUGAGUCAGAAGCAGGAGCCGCGGCUGUGCCUGGUCCAGCCCCGCAUUGACCUGCAGCAGAGGAUCAUGGUCGUUAGAGCCAAAGGAAUGGAGCCUAUAGAGGUGCCACUUGAGGAAAACGGUGAAUGGGUUCAGAUUUGCCAAAGCAAGGUCUGUGCGGACAGGGUAAAUACUCGUGAUUGUGGAGAAAAAAUUUCAAACUGGUUGUCAAGGUUUCUGGGCCGUCCAUGUCAUUUGAUCAAACAAAGCUCGGACUUUCAGAGAAGCGCGAAGAAGAGCCAUGGCAAAGGGCAGUCUGCUGGAACCCCAGCCACUCUUUCUCUGGUGAAUGAGGCCCAGUAUCUGCUGAUAAACAGAUCCAGUGUUUUGGAACUUCAGCAGCAAUUAAGCGCCAGUGAUGAGAACGGAAGGGAGGAAUUAUUCCCAAUGAGAGAGCUCAUCUCACGUUUUCGUGCCAAUAUUAUUACCAGUGGAGCAAGUGCUUUUGAAGAAGAGAAAUGGGAGGAGAUUUCAAUCGGUUCCUUGCAUUUCCAGGUUUUGGGCCCUUGUCACAGAUGCCAGAUGAUUUGCAUUGACCAGCAAACUGGGCAACGAAACCAAGAUGUUUUCCAAAAGCUUUCAGAGAGUCGAGAGAGAAAGGUAAACUUCGGAGUGUACCUGAUGCACAUGUCUGUGGAUUUUUCUUCUCCAUGUUUCCUGUCCGUAGGAUCUCAGGUGCUGCCUGUGUUGAAAGAAAAUGUAGAAAGCCACGAUUUACCUGCUUCUGAGAAACAUCAGAAUGUUGUCUCCUAAGAUUCUUUUUUUUUCCAGCUUAAAUUAAAAUUUCUCUUUUACAACGA